UGGCGCAGCUCGAGUCGCGCGUCGCGGACUCCAGGCGCUGCCUGCAGAAGAUGGCCUGCGACGUGGGCUACCGCAGCCAGGCCGUCAAGGGCUACGCGGACUUCAUCAUGUGGCUGCUGGGGCUGCUCAAGCCCAUCAUGGGGGAGACGCGGCGCAACCAGCUCAAGGGCUACAUGGCGGCCUACAAGUCGGGGCUGAGCGGCCGCUCCUGCUACCGGAAGUACCCCUGCUACGCCAACAACAUGAGCACCAAGCGGGGCGCGGCGGCCAAGGGGUCGAGCCGGAGGGCGGACGGCGGCCCCGACAACAGCACCGUCUCCACCGAGGCCGUCGACCGCAGCGCCAGCAGCGCCAGCGUGGAGGAGCUCAUCGUGUACGACCUCGUCAACGCCACCGCCACUGCCAACGCCACUGCCAACGCCACCGACCUCGCCGGCGAGUGACCCAGCGCGACGAGCGGCAUCGCGCACCAUGUCGCGCACCGCCCACAGUACAGUGUGGGGCCUUCGCCUUCCCAAGGACGUUUGCGCAGCGACCUUGCGACGAGCCAUGCGAUUAGCCUUGCGGUUUUGGAUGUUUUCGCGGACGUCGGCGAGGUGGCGAGGUCGCCAACCUUAUCCUCGCCAUCGAGCCGACGAACCGCGCGGGGUGCCCGACCGGCGUCAUCGCGUUCAAGUCGCUCACCUUAGUCACCUUCCCCGGGUAGAUGCGCGCGAACCAUUUCUUUCCAAAGCGCGCCCCGUCAACCUACAGCCCGACUGGCGCCCGAGAACGAAAACGAAACGCCAAAACUACGUUCGUCGAUUCGGUGUAUUUUGGCCUCAAGCUUGCGCGCCUCUACCCCCGCGGAUUUGGUACUCGGUCAUUGUCCGUGCCAUCGCGCCAAGCCACGCCACGCCGGUCCGGCA